CUUAACUAAAUCUCCUUUCCCUCAACCGUAACCAGAAAAAAUCAUGUGGGCCGCUCCUCCACUCAAACAAUGGUAUCCAUGUAUUCCGGUGAUGACGUGUCUUCCUGUCGGAGCUCCGAGGAAGUUUCAACUCUACUCGCAGCUUAGAAACCUCGAUUUAGUUACUGCGGUCAAAUCAGGUUCCGUGGCGGAGCAAAAGCAGCAAACUACGAAGAAAUCGCAACCAAAGUAUCGAAAACAACAAGGAGCAAAAGAAGAAGUAGAAGAAAAGCAAGAAGAUUCAAAGAAAUUAAGCGGUUUUGAUGUAUUGCGAGCACUGGAAAAGGCGACGGCUCAGAAAAUGAAGAAAAAGAGAAAUGGAAAAGAUAGUUCAUUGUUGAGUAGAAAAGUGAAUGGAAAGGGAAGAAAUGGAAGGGAAGAGGAUGAAGAUUUGGUGAAUUAUGGUAACAAAAAUGUUCGACCAUUGAGUGUAAAAGAGGAUUGGGGAAGUCGUUUGGAUGAUUUGGAGAAAAGACUUCAAGAGCUUGUGGAUACAACUACUGCUUGAAAUAGGCGGAACCAGAAUUUGAAGCUUAUGGGUUCGGAAUUUUGAAUCCUUUUACAUUAUUGGGUUCUGAAUUAAUUAUUUGUACAUAAUCAAUGGAUUUCUUAAGGGCGAAUACAGGAUUUAGACCAAGAUAUUGGUUCAGCUAAACCUGUAAUAUACACACUAGCUCCAGCUACGCACCUGGCCAAGUGCUAAUACUAACGUCGAAUGAAAAAUAGAACCAACUCAUUUUCCAUACUUCUUAUAUUUGAUUACUGUUGUAUGCACUAGGUAGCAGUGUUCAUUGUGUUUUUAUUUCUUAUUUCAUGUGGGAAAAAAAACUGUAAUUUGAUACUUAGGGGUUGACUCCUUAUACUGUUAUACAUGGUAUUAUAAUAUGAGGAUUGUUUAUACAUUAAUAA